AUGCUGAGUAUUGAAAGAUGACAAUAAAAUUAAGUUAGAUUAUUGAGUAGCUCCUGCAGCACCUAUAGAUGCAUUUCUCCGCCUUGCUUAGUUGGGCCGCCUCGACAACCCCACCAGGAAGUUAGCCAUUCUACCCUGAGGCUCUCGCCAAAAAAAUAGUGAAGUGGGUUGGGUCGCUGUGCCAUACGCCAGACAGUGAUUGCCUGCUUGAAAAUUCCAAAAAAUGGAAUUCUGGCCGACUCCGGUAAAAAGGCAAACUUACCCCAGGGCAUAACUCCUAGCUUUACAAUAGGGAGAUGCCCGAUAGGCCUAAAAAGUUUUUCUGUGCUACCCUUUUCAACUCCAAGUCAUCCUUUCCUUCGAGGUAAAAUCCAGCUCCUGAAAGCGCGACUAAGGCUAGGCCCUAAACGAAAUACGGUUGCUUGCCUAGCAUCACAGUCCAUUUAUGGGCUAGCAAAACCUUGCUGGGUAUAAUUAAAAUAUGUGCUCGAAGCUGCAUGGCCUUCCGGCCAUACCCAGGCAGAGAGCCAUCUUUUAAUUAUGCAUUGAAAUGUGACAGAAAAGCCAAACGCUGAUACCUAUAGCUUUAUUUAUAGCCUGUUUAGUUUUAAUGACUAUUUCUUCUCUAAGUACCCAUUGAGCAACCAUUCAGGACGGAAGCGAGGUAUAUCAUAUGGGUCUUUGAAGCUGUAAGGACUGUGGAGGUCCAUAUAAAACUUGGGAUUGGAAAUGUUUUUCAGUCUUUACCUGCAUCUCGCCUCAAAAUUUAAAAAAUUGUUUAGAAUUCACAGCAGGGGCUAAAGCUUCAAAUGCUUAUAUUGGUCUCGAAUUGUUUGCAUUUAUCUCUGGAUUGCUGCUAAUUGAAAAGUUAUUGCUCAGUUAUUGGAAUAAGCACUAUAUUUCUAACAGUGUGUAUCCUAUUUAUCCAUGAAUAUUGAAGUUUAAGGUAAAAUUAUAGUUAUUUAUAUAUAAAAAGGAUAUUUGUUGAGCUCACUUAUGAGUAUUUCGCAUUUAAUCGGAUAUUUAUAUUGGCGCUAUCUCAUAAAUGAAGAACUCAUACCUGAUGAAAGGGCAUCUUUGUCAGCCAGUCUCCAUUUGGCUUCAAGAGAUGGCUCUAUUAUAGCUGUGACUUGUAUAUUUUUGAGCUUUUUCUCUAUUAUUGCCCUCGUUUUGUCAAUGAAAAUGCAGAAAAAAGCAAGUUUGAGCACUUGCUUGGACACAAUUUCGCUUGAUGCCCCUGUAACAAGAUUUUCUAUGAAAUAUUGGAUGCAUAGAGUAGGUGUUUUGCUUGCAGCAGGAAUUUGCCUGAUUGGCAUUAUACUUUACUAUGGCAGAUGGGUGCUUCGAUUUACAGGGAAUUCUUAUUGGGAAGGAGGACUGGCGACAUGUAAAGACUGUGACGAAAAUAUUAUCAAUUUGAAUUGGAAUUGUUUGGAAUCUAUAAGCUGUGUAGAUGAAACAGCUACAGGAAGCUGUGAGCUGUAUACAAAUUUGUCUUCAGCUUUUAAAGGGUUUGCUAUUUGUGAAAUAAUUGCUGCAGUAUUUUUGGUUUUCUUUUUACAAACUUAUAUAAUACAUUGGCUUUAUUUCUUAUAGGAUUUUUAUACCAAAAAUAAAUUGGCAUAUGGUGAGACUUAUACGUGCUAAUUUGAAUUUUGAUAUUUUGGGUCUAUGAGAAAUUAUAAUGAGCCAAAAUACCAAAAUUUUGAUGGGAAAAAAUUACGGGUUUCCUGUUAUGAAUUAUUUAUAUGCUAUUGGUGUAUCAUUUUUUAACUUAUUAGCAACGUUUUUUUGGUUCUAUCUCAGCGGAGCAAGUCUUACUACAGACUGCCAGCGAGAAGCACAACAAAACGAGCUGCCCCCUGUAUGCCUUACAUUUGGACCAUUUGGGCUGCUAUUUUCCAACAUAUUUUUGAUUCCUAUGUCAAUUAUAUUUUGUUAUGCAUAUUAUCAUAGAGAAGUUAGAAUUGAAUUGAUGACACCUGAGCGCAAGCCGCUUGGAGAUGAAAGAAGCCAAACAGAUUUUGACAGAAUUCAAUCAAAUUCAGACAAUUAA